UCUAGGGUACAAUGGGCACCAAUAGGGAAUUGGGCGGGACCGAACAUCGUCCUUCUGAUCCGAACACUUGAAAAAUUACUGCAUGUUGUGAAAAAAUUCCGCAAUGUUCGCAAAAGCAACAUUUACUCGUGUGCAGUUUGUGGUGACAAACCUACUGGUUACCACUAUGAUGUACUGAGCUGUAAUGGAUGUAAGACGUUCUUUCGUCGUACAAUCAUCAAUAAUCGGAAAUUCAUCUGCUCAAAAGGUGGCAAAUGUCAAUUCAAUAAAGACUUCCGAUGCGCCUGCAGGGCCUGUCGAUUCGCCAAAUGUAUCCGGAUAGGAAUGAAUGUAUACAAUUUCCGAGUCGAAGCGAUGAUACUACACCAUCAGGCGAAAGUGAAGCCGGAACAGUGUCGGAAGUCGGUUCUCCGGAACAGUGUUCCUCGAGCAAAGGUACGUUCAGGGACUCAGGUUACGUGGAAUCCAAUCAAAUUCUGGAUGGUCGCUGAUCUUUUUCUCGCUGUCGAAUACGCAAAAACAUUUGAAUGCUUUACAAAUCUUUGCGAAAGGGAUCAGCAAACACUUCUUGGACAUGCCGGUGGUAUGAUUCAGAUCGUUUCACAAGCGUUCUACACGUUGGACCAAAAGGAGGAGAGCCUCACAUUUCCGGAUGGUAUCAAUGCAUUACGGCUGAAACUUCAGAAUAGGUUAGAUACAAUAAUAAGUACCAUAAUUUUUAGGUGUCAUCAAUUCGAGAAGUACUAUCGAGAAACGUACGGUCGUCCAGUUGCCAUCAUACGUUCCCUAUCGAUGACCAUAGAACAGUUUGCUCUUUUCAAGGCGAUCUUACUAUUUAGUCCAAGUGAGACUAAAUUUUUUUUUCCAAAUUUUCAUCGACAUGAUUAG